CUGAGACCGAGCAGCGAGGAGGAGAGCGAGGGACCAGCGGAGGUUUUCCCUCUCACUCGGCAGGCGGUCCUCGGACACCUCGGACACCAUGACGGGGGUCCACCGCCGACCGUUGACCCUGAACAGGUGCUGACUUUCGAUUGCUGUAUUCUACCUAUCUAACAAAAUUCCACCAUGGAAACCUCCCCAAAUAUGACUAAACGCACAAAGGAUGCCGUCCAAUCAGAAUGCCCUAUUCCAGAAGAGGCGGAGCUUGCAGAUGCCCUUGGCAACACAGAUCCCAACGCCAACUGGGGGGCGGAGCCUAACUUCAACCUCAACCUCACUCUGACAUCGCCGAGCAACCCCCGCCCCGCCACAGAGACCUCGAAGCUGCAUGGAGCCACCAGAAAGGAUCAUGGGAACAAACGAGGUGGGGCAAGAGGAGCAGUUACCACGGAAACUGGCAAGUCAGCAAGCGCCCUUGGGACCCGUGUGACGUCACCAAGGGAAAGAGAAGAUCCAUCGAGACCAAAAAGCAAGAUUUUGGCUUUGUCUCGCUCACCAACAGCGGAGGCGUUGGUGAACAGCGAAGAUGAGCACAGGUUGAAACUCCCAAACCCGAACCGCGCUCCUUCACUCGGCCCGACGUCGCACGCACACAGCGGCAUGGCGGCAAGUCCAAAACCACAAGUAACCAUCGGUAGCAGCCCCAGAACGACCGAAAGAGUCAAAACCGUCUCAAACCCCAAACCAUAUGUUGCACCGACGACAAAGACUACCAACAAAAUAACCGUUAGCCCAAAAGGAAUUAGCUAUCAUGAUCAGAAAGGGGAUUUAAAUGUCACCAAUCAAACCCCAACAAUUACAGCCAAAUCCCAAAAACCAGACCCAGCAAGCACCAGACAUGAGUUAGGAACUCAUAGUUCUGAGAUGCCCCCUGUAGGACCAAAAUCCCCAAAUCAGAGGGCGGCAACGGCAGUGCACAGCGCCAAGACGCCUGAACCGAGUUCUCUGAAUGCCAAACCGUCCACUCAAAGGAAAGCUUCUGGGACCAGGAGCAGUAGCGCAUCAGGGUCCAAGGAAAAUCUUGAUGGUAAAGAUUCAAGCGUCAGUUCUGGAUCCAAAACCACUUCCAAAUCCAGUUUAGUUUCUAAAGCCACAACCAAGGACAGUCUGGAUUCCAAAACCAGUUCCAACUCUAGAACAGCAAUGGGGUCCAAAGAUAGCCUUUCUUCUAAAAGUGGUUCUGCUUCCAAAACAAGUUCCAGGGACAGCCUAGACUCCAAAACCGGCUCAAAUUCCAAAGCCAGUCCCAACUGUAGGUCUGGGAUGGGGUCCAGAGAUAGCCUGGAUUCUAAAACUGCAAUGGAAAUCAAAGCAAGCAAAACCAGUCCAGAUUCUAAGACAGUUGUGGGUUCGAAAUCUGGCGUUGGGUCAAAGGACAACCUAGAUCCUAAAACUCAGUCUUCAGACUCUAAAACCAGUUUGAAUCUCAGAACCAGUCCAAGUUUUAAACAAGGCUCCGAGUUAAACCCCAGCUCUAAUUCUGAUGUCUUUUCCAGGUCUAAACCUGGUCCGACCCGUUCUUCUUCUUCUUCUAAAUCUUCUCUGGUGGCAUCUGGCUCUAAGAUGGACCUUGUUGGACCUGAUUCCCUAUUGUCCUCUGGGUCCAAAGAAAACAAACUCAAGGCUGCAAGAUUCAGUGCUAAACCCAGUCCAAAUGUUAAAGCUGGUUCCGAUUCCUCAAAGCCUGGACCGGGUCGGUCUAGCUCAAAGCCAUCUCUGGCAGAUUUGUCACCCUCCUUGGUCCUGUCUCCUACACCGAGUCCAGCAAGUAGCAGUCCUGGGUCUGAUCCUGGCAAAGCUCUUGGUUCUAGUCCGGCUGGACCAAACGGGGACGUCCAGAGGAGUCCUGGUUCUGGUCCAGGCUCUGGUGUGAUUUCGGGCCUGCUGGAUCCUCUGGCCACCUCCAGCCCCAAAACCAGAACCACCGUUGCGUUGACAAUGAUGAAAGGAUCCACGUCAGCGCCUGCGGCAGUUGCAUCAAACACCAGCAGGACAUCCAUCAAUAUCAGUCUAACUCGGGGUCUCACCUUUGACUCUAUCCCCAAAACAUCUGCGAAAACAGAUGCUGCUGUCGACGGAGAACAUUUGAAACUGCCGGAGACCAAAGUGAGACCUGCAGGAGAUCCGGCAGUGUCCCAGGAGGCCACGCAAGGGGCAGAUGUGACUGAGAACGUAGGGCGGUUGCCAGGAGAUAGGAAGAAACCGGGCACCCUGUUGAGCAAACCAAGUCCACUGGGAGACGGAAAUGCCAUCGCCAUUGGUAACGACAUCCCAUCGCCGAGGGCUACUGGUGUGGAGAGGAAGAAGGAAGACAAGAAGAAGGAGAAGGGGAAACCGAACCAUGGUCCAGGGAGGUCUUCAUCUCCCUCUCCUUCAUCUUCAUCUCAGCUUUCCACUCGUCCAGCGAGCUCCAAGACCGUGAGGGAGACCGCGACCAUGACCAGCCCGAGUGAGAGGCUCCAUCCGCAGGGAGGGGAGCGCCGGGAGGUGGGCGUCCAAGUGGAGGUGGUGGAACGCUCCAAGUACCACAGUGGAGCGUCCUCCCCCCUGAUUGGCUCUCCCAGCUGCGAGUCCGGUGAAGGUCCACCCUUCCAGCACGUCUGCAAGAUCGACAUCGAGCUGUGCAGCCGAUCGGCUCUUCCGUCUGCCGGCUCCCUCCCCGGCUGUCUGCAGACGUACGGCUUCCGGCAGAGCCCCCCCGACGUGCCUGAGCCGCAACUCGGACGAAACCAAGACGUCAGCGUGGAGAGCAUCUGGGAGGACGGGGGGCAGGAGGACGCAGCAAGAGAAGAGACGGGGAAGCCGCAGGAGGUGACGUGGGACCCACAGGGCAGGACGUGGGAGGUGUACGGAGCCUCGGUGGACCUGGAGUCCCUGGGCACUGCGAUCCAGUCCCACUUGGAGUCAAAGAUUCGGGAGCAGGCGAAACAGAUCCGGACUCUGAGGAAAUCCACCUGCUCCGACGUCAGCCUCGCGGGUUACAAGAGGAAGAAGAAGAGGAGAGGAGGGAUUCUGGGAUGCUGCGUGAGGACGCCCAACGGGACGGACUAAGACACUUUGACCCUCUCGUUGUCCUCCCGAGAGUCAAAACCAGACAAAAAAUUGACAUUUUUACCUAUUUUUGGGGGGUUUUAACUAACACCACCUUGCUAGUUUUACUACUUCUUGGAAUUCAUGGACAAUAACACUCAUUUAUAUAGAAUUGUACCUAAUAUUUGAGUUAAAAAUGCAGAAAUGAAGACACUUUUACCCUUGUGUUGUCCUCCCGAGUCAAAAACAGACAAAAGAUUUGA